UUUCCAGGGGUGGGGUCAGCCUCUGCUAGGCGGGUACCACCUUGACCCCACCCCCAUGGGAAGAGUCUCCCCUCUGCUGUAAUUCCAGUUAGAGCGUCUUAUCUUUGACUUAGAGCUGAAUUUUCUGUUGCCAUGUGGAUGCCCCAGGGGCCUACUCCUGCCUGAGAACACCAUGAUUGCAGGAGCACGGCAGUGAGUCAGCCGCCUGGACAGAAGGGGCAGAAACACCAAGAGGCCUCCCGACAGACCCGGCACCGAGUCCAGGGCGAAUCUCAUCCCCUGUGAAGGCCCACAGAUGACACCAAGUCUCCAGUCCUACGGGGGCCCAGGCCUGGGCUUUGGCAGCAUCCCCGGGCCUGACCCAGAAGCAGUCCUCCCUCCCAACUCUGACCCGCCCCCGAGUCCUGGCGUGGCCCUUGUUGCAGACCUGAAUCCAAUUCUGAGCCCUCAGCCAGGGGAGGUCCCUGGUCCGGUGCCCGAUGACACCCCCAGCAGCAGGGCCACGACGCCAUCCUCCCUCCAGACCCCCGCUUCCUGUUGUGUGGAAACCAUGGGCCCAGAUGUGAAUCACACCUCCAGGCCGGACCCACAAGGGCCCCCAUCUCCAGCCGUAAGCCCCACUCCCAGCCCUGACUCUCCCGAGACCACCAAUCUGGGCUCCAGGAACCCCUCCAGGCAGAGUUCCGAGGAGGCCUACCUGUCCCUCUCCAGGAGCAAGACUUUUGAUUUGGGUCAGAGUAACUCCAAUCCUUCCAGGCCUGCAUCAAACCCAUUUAUAAGGCUCUAUUCGAGAGAAAGCCUGGCUCUGGACCACCGCCUCUCCAGGCUGGGCUCACAAGCGCUGCUCCUGCCAGCCUCUGACACAUCUCUGGCUUCUAACUCCAGCCAGCAAUUUGGCCCAGGCAGCCGCAACGUCUCCAAGCAGAGCUUGAACAUUGCUGCAGGUUCUUGGGGAGCCUUAAUCCCAGACACAAAUGAGCCUGUCACUUUGGUGUCCCACAGCCUCUCUGAGUGUGUUCUGAAAGGAGCCUUUGGGGCAGCCUGGAGCGCGGCUUCCCAGGAGACAAUCAAUGUGACUCCGAAUGGCCAUCCCAGAUCCGAUCUGAACAUGACCGUCAUCCAGGCCUCAAGCCUGACGCUGAUCCCCGGCUCCAGUGAUCACAGCGGCUUGCACUCUGCUGCCCACGGGCCCAACUCAGCCAGCUCUCCAUCCUCGUACUUGACCCUUCUCCUCGGCUCCAAGGAGACCCUGAGCGUGGGCUCCAGCCUCUUGGUGAGCGACACCUCUACCCUGACAGUGAGCAGCCAGCCUGAUGGUUCUCAGGACAACAGCGUCCUCACCACGCCCCUGGAGAACCUAGAGAGCUGGGGCGAGGGGGCCAGCAUGGACAGGGGCCAGGUACCACCGCUGCAGUUGUCUGCCUCCAAUACCAGGGACCAGGACGCUGCGCCCUUCUGCUGCCUCCCUGAGGGAGCCUCCGGUGAAGCGGCCAAAUCUCCGGAGAAGGUGCCAGAGAAGACAGAAGAUGGCAGCGAAGUGGCUCCGGUAGACAACGCCGUGCCCCAGGACCUGCUGGGAGCGGAAGGAGAGAAGAAGACUCUGAUGAUGAAGAUGAUGAGGCAGAUCCAGGAGGAGCCGCUGGACUCGCUAUCCACCUCCGUCCGCCGGCAGGCCCUGGAGACCCUGGCCCAGCUGAGCCACACGAGCCCCGCGCUGGGCGUGCCGGAGCGAGUGGAGCUGGUCAGCGCAUGCGUGCGCAGUGUGUUCUCGCUGCCCUCCGUGCGGGCCAUGCAGGAGCGCGACGAGGCCAAGGCGGAGGCCGUCCAGACGCUUUACCAUCAGACGCUGGACGCACUGCAGUCCCUGCUCAAUGCCCUCUUUACUGAAGACCCCACUCCUGCCGGGCUCAGGAGCAUCUUGGAGCCCCUGGGGCCCUGGAUGAACUCUGGGAAGGCCCACGAGCGUGCUCGAGCUGUGAACAGCAACGUGUCUCUGCUGAACCACAUGCUUCUGAGCCUGCCUUUCUACAUGUCCUCGGGGUUCCCUGCACUGGGGCUUCUGCUGGGCAGGCUCAUCCUUCGUAUCGGGGAUCCUGAUGAGGAGAUUGGCCGGGAGGCUCUGGACGGCAUCACCAUCCUCUACACAAUCCUGGAGCUCCAGAAACGAGCCGGAGAUGAGGACGAGAGCAACAAGAAGGCACUGUAUGAGAGCAACAAGCGCUUCCUGGGCCCCUACGACCCCGUCAGCCCGAGCCAGAACAUCUUGCGCGUGAUCGCGGAGUUUGGAGACUUCUUGGGCCCCCAGCAGGUGAAGGACCUGCUGCUGGCAGCUGUGGAGGGGCUGAGGGUUGGCUCGGAGGCUCAGGGGCAGGACGCCAGGGAGAUGACGCAGCUGGCCUCUGAGGUCACGCUUGGCUCCGUGCUGGAGUGGUACCGCCACAGGGCCCUGGAGGUGAUCCCAGAAAUCCUGCAGGGCAUCUACCUGCAGCUAAGCCACAUCCAGGAGCCACAGGCCCGAGAGGUGGCCCUGCUGCCUGUCUCCUUCCUGGCCAGCUCCUUCAUGGCCGAGGUGGUGGUGGCCCUGCUCAUGUGCCCCCUCCCGCUGGACAGCAACGGAGCCGAGAUGUGGAGGCAGCUGAUCCUGCGCAAGCCCAGCUGUGACGUCCGAGACCUCCUCGAUCUGCUGCUGACCAGCCUGAAGGAGAAACCUGUCACCAAGAAGGGCCGGGCCUCCAUCAUGCCCCUGGCGGCAGCCUGCGGCCUGUGCGAGCUCCUGUCUGUCAACAGCUGCGCAGGCCAGGUGAGGCGCAUCUACCCCCAGCUGCUCCUGGCCCUGCUCAUUCAGGUCCACUACCACAUCGGCCUUAAGCUGCCUGGCCACAGGGUUCCUGGCCAGGACGCCAAGGACCACGUGCAGCCUCCCGCCUUCAGGCCUGUGCGCUGGGUGGUGAAAGUGGUGAAGACCUUGCUGCUGAAGAUGGGGUGCUCACAAGAGGCUGCGUUCGUGGAGGCCGAGGGUGGCUGGGAGCUGAUGGAGCAGGCAAAGGGCCACCACCUCGGAGUGUCACUGCUGGCCAGGGCCAUGGUAAGCUACUCCUGCCAGGAGCUGUGCCGCAUCCUCUACCUGCUCAUCCCACUCCUGGAGCGCGGUGAUGAGAAGCACAAGAUCACCGCCACCGCCUUCUUCGUGGAGCUCCUCCAGAUGGAGCAGGUGCGCCGGAUCCCCGAGGAGUACUCUCUGGGGCGGAUGGUGGAAGGCUUGGGCCACCACGACCCUGUCAUGAAGGUGCUGGCCAUCCGGGGCCUGAUGAUCCUGGCCCGCAGGUCAGAGAAGACAGCCAAGGUGCAGGCCCUGCUGCCCUCCAUGGUGAAGGGCCUGAAGAGCAUGGAUGGGGUGCUGGUGGUGGAGGCAGUCCACAGCCUCAAGACCAUCUUCAAGGGAAAAGACCGGAAGCAGAGGGACAGCUCAGUCUAUGUGGAGAUGCUGCAGGUCCUGCUGCCACACUUCAGUGACUCAAGAGAGGAUGUGCAAUCCUCCUGCAUCAACAUGUACGGGAAGGUGGUCCAGAAGCUUCAGGCACCCUGCACGCAGGCCGUGGAGGAGCAGCUGACCAACACGUUGGUGCCGCUCCUGCUGAUCAUGCAGGAGGGCAACGCCAAGGUGGGCCAGAAGUGUGUGAAGACCCUGUUCCGCUGUUCUUGCUUCAUGGCUUGGGAGUUGCCGAAGACAGCUUACAGCCGGAAGUCCUGGGACAACAGGCAGCAGGCAGUGGCCAAACUUUGCAAGUACCUUGUGAACACCCACCGGGACAGCGCCUUGACAUUCCUCCGCCAGGUCCUGGAGUACGCCAAGAACCCGCGGGCCUCCCUCCGGAAGUCCUCAGUCGUGUUCAUAGGGUCCCUGGUGCCCUGCAUGGAGAACAUAAUGACGGAAGACUGGCGGAAUGAAGUGAAAGCUGCUCUGGAAGACCUGAGACGUGACCCGGAGGCAUUUGUGUGCAUCUGUGCGGCCCAGGCCCAGGACCAUAUCUUGGCCAGCUGCCGGCGGCACUCCUGGCCGCUGCCACGUGGGGACUCACUGGUGUGUGGCCCAGUCAUCUCGCACUGCUGGACCCCCAGCUCUGAGGACCGGCCCACCUCGCACAAACGGCGCUUCUGGAUCACACAGGCCCUGGGCUCCUGGAAAAUGGCCUUGAAGCAAUGACAUCCGGCCCGCACUCCUGACUCACCAUAAAUGUCCCAUAUGGGUGUGCUCAGCACUUCCUCUUGGGAUGGGCGGAGUUCUGCGCGGCCACACUGUGUGCAGUGAAGCUGAGGGGAGUGUGGCCCUCCCUUGUUGACUACACUGGAGUUCACUGAGGUGCA